AGUGGCAUAAACCGUAAAUAUAUUCAUUCAUCAGGGGCUUUUACUUAAUCCUCUCAUGUCCGCCUUACUCCCCCAAAUCUGCUUCUUUCAACCUGUCUCCGGUCGCUUCACAAGAUACUUUUAAAACAUUAUUUUCAUUAUAAUUUUUAAUAAUUUAUUUUUUUAUAUUAAAAAAUUAAUCACAGUUUUGAAUAGGUUUCUCUAAUUACUUCGUUUCCCUUUCUGAGGAUUUUAUUCUCUUGUUUUUUGUUUGGGAGAUUUUUUGGGCAAAGUUUGUGGUAAUUUCGAUGCAAAAGGAAUGGCAAAUUCAAAUCGCCAGCCAACAUCAAUGUACGGUUCAGGUGCUAUGAACAUGCAACAAAAACUAGAAGAAGAAGAAGAAGACGACGUCCCGGGCGGAGGCGGUGGAGAAGCAGGCGAAGAGUCGUUGGAUAACCCUCAGAUUGGUUACCAAGAAAGCGUUGGCGUUGUUACGGUUAUGAGUAAUGGCAUGGAAGAAGCUUCUCAUGCCAAUAUUUAUGGGCAAGGAACCGAUUUAACUGCCGUUCCCGGUAAUGCUGGCGCUGAUCAGUUAACUCUCUCGUUUCAAGGGGAGGUAUAUGUGUUUGAUUCAGUUUCUCCUGACAAGGUACAGGCAGUAUUGUUACUUCUAGGUGGAUAUGAAAUCCCUUCAGGCAUUCCUGCAUUGGGGACAGUUCCUGUUACUCAAAGGGGCAUGGGUGACUUUCCUGGGAGGUCAAUUCAACCACAGAGAGCUGCUUCUUUAAACCGGUUCAGGGAGAAGAGAAAAGAGCGGUGUUUUGAUAAGAAAAUCCGCUAUACCGUGCGGAAAGAAGUGGCUCUCAGGAUGCAGCGUAAGAAGGGUCAGUUCACAUCAUCCAAGGCAAUUUCCAAUGAAGCAGCCUCAGCCUCUUCAGGCUGGAAUGGAACACCAGGUUCUGGUCAAGAUGAGCAAGAAACUUUGUGUACAAAUUGUGGAAUCAGUUCUAAGUCCACUCCUAUGAUGCGUCGUGGACCUGCUGGUCCAAGGAGUCUUUGCAAUGCAUGUGGACUCAAGUGGGCAAAUAAGGGUGUUUUGAGAGAUCUUUCAAAGGUUUCUACUGUAGCAAUCCAGGAUCCAUCUGCAAAGACUACUGAGCAGAGUGAUGCUGAAGCUAAUGACUCAGAGGCUGUAACUGUGACUACAGAAGUUGUAUCUUCAUCUAAUGGAGAUAACUCUGCUGUCACUGCUGAAAGAUGAGUAACAAGUUCCUUCCAUUACAGUGAGCAUUAUGUUGCUGUUUGAAGACAGAUGUCAAACUUUGUUGUAAUAAUUGAGUUUGUUUGACAACUGUGUAUAUGGUUCAUUGCCUUCGAUCAUUAUGUAAAUAAUUGUGAAAUUGCGAGAUACAGCCUGAUUAGUUUCUGUAGCAUAGGAGUAAGAAAAACAAAACUUAGUGUCACUUUUAGCAAAUUUUCUUCCUUCCAUACAUGUUGAAGCUGGCAGCUUGUUUGAUAAUUUCCUUAUCAUACAAAAGUGGAAAUAUUGCAGAGUGAAAGGGAACUUUGACAAACAUAGGUAGGGAAAGGAAGAGCUUGAUGUCCAAAAUUUUGAGGCUGAUAUUCCAAUUCUACCCACCACCUUCUCACCAAAUGUAAAUGGUUAAUCGGUUCAAGUUUGAUGAGGAUCAUUUUGGGGUGGAAUCCAUGUGUGAGCAUCCUUGCUAUUCUGUUUUUCUUGUCUCAUUGUUUGCCUAAACUCCUCGGUAUAAGGCCUGGCAAACGUAGCUCUUACAUGCUGGUCUUUCCUUACCUCUCCAUGCAGCUCACCAUUUCUGCUACCCAAGGUAGCCCAGGCGGCAACUAAUGACAAUCAAAUCGCUGCUGAUUCGGUCCAGUAUCAGCCAUGCGUAAUCAGUUUGCUACAUUGUCAACCCCUGAGUUCAUAUCUUGAAUGAUUUUAAAUUAUAGUAAAUAGUAAAAUUUUAAAAAUUUUUAAUGUGAUGUUUGUAUUAUGA